AUGGUAUUCACUCACACCAACCUGUACGAUUUGCUGAGCGACUACAACAAUUUGGAUGUGAAGCCAGGCGUAGAAGCGACAAAGAAACUGGGUAAUUUCUUUCAGUCGUUGAAUCUUGAUAUCCACAAAAACGGCAUCUUUGUUCCUAGACUCACUCUUAAAUAUCUCUGGCACACAAAAAGCAAAGACUGCAAGUUUCAGUUAUUCAAAGGGAAUGACGAAUUGUACCACAAAUACAAAGAUAAUCUGGUUGGUGGUCCAAAAUGCGAUAUUGCUGUUCCUGAACAUUUAAAGGAAUACUUUGCUGGAAUGCCUCUUAUUUUCAAGGAUGUUGAGAUUACAUGCAAUGAUUUAAGCUUUGACACACAGGCACAUGCCAAACCAGAUUACAAAAGUAACAGAUUAGUUGAAAGUAUGUUUGGUGAGACGAUGAUGUUUGCUACUAAACUGCUGAAAUGGUAUCUUGAGCAUGGAUUGGUUGUUUCAAAUAUUACUUUUGCUGUAAGAUAUGAACGUAAAGCACAUUUCAAGUCGUUUGAUCAACAAGUAUCUAAUGAAAGGAGAGCCGGAGAUACAAGUCCUGAUUAUAAACUACGUGGAGAAAUGAUGAAGCUGAUGGAAAAGUCUUCCUAUGGCAAAUGCAUUACAGAUUUCUUGAAGCACGAGACAGUAAAGAUUGUUGGUCCUAAUAACUACAACAAAAAUGUCAGAAGGGUAAAAGAUUACAUUGGUCAUCAAGACCUUGUUGAUGGAUUUGAAUUUCGGUUCAAAAAGACGGCAUUCAAACAGAGCUUGCCAUACAGAUUGGCUUCCAAAAGUGACUUUCAGUAUUGUAUGAUGGACACGGAUUCGGCAUAUUUUGCCAUUUCUGGGAGUUCGUUACAAGACGUAGUGAAACCACAUCUAUUAGAUGAGUUCAAACAGAAAAGGCAAGUCUGGCUGGAAAGAGAUGAUACUCUAGAGAACAAGUUAUACGACAGUAGGACACCUGGGCUGUUCAAGUUGGAAUAUGAAGGAGAUUGCAUUAUAUCAUUGGCCAGUAAAAUGUACUAUUAUGACGAGAAAAAGUUUAGUUCAAAGGGAAUCAACAAAAGGCAAAAUGAAAUUACAAAAUACAAGUAUCUGAGUGCCUUGAAUGGAAAUGCUAACCAAGGAUUUCGUAAUAGUGGCUUCAGAGCCAACAACAACCAGAUGAACACGUAUUCUCCAACAAAAACAGGAAUGAAAUUGUUUAAUGAUAAACGACUCCGAGUUAUGGAUAAGCUUUACAAAUUGUAUUACAGUCCCAAGACUGGCUUCAUUUCAGCCCGGAAAUUAUACCUGAAGCUGGACAAACAGCUUCCAAUCUCACAAACCAUAAAGUUUCUCGACCAGCAAGAAGUUCACCAACUUCAUCAAGAAUCACAAAGAAAGCCAGCACUCAGUCCCAUAACUAGUUGGAGAUCGUGUUCGGAUACUCAAAGUGGGAACGGAUACUCUUUCUCAAUUUCAGAUGAUAACGGCAAUGUUCUUGGAAAGUCUUACAAAUAUUAUGAACUCAAGAGAGUUGAAGUAACGGAGACCUUUUUGAUUGAACCGAGACACAGAGAGCCGACAAUGACAAACAAGGAGCGUCGCAACAAGAGAGAAUUACAAGAACUGGCAAGAGUUCAAGGCCCAACCAAUAAAAAGACAAAGAAAUUUGGAGCAACUUAUUUUCUAAAGUAA